AUGGACGAGGAAGGCAUCCCGCCCACCGCCCUCCACGAGAUCUCCCUCCUCCAGAUGCUCUCCAAUUCCAUCUAUAUCGCCCGCCUCAUCUGCGUCCAACACAUCCACCAUAACGACAAACCCCUUCUUUACCUCGUCUUUGAGUAUAUGGACACCGAUCUCAAGAAGUUCAUCGAUUCUCAGCGCAAGGGCCCUAAUCCCUCUCCUCUACCCCCUUCUCAGAUCCAGAGCUUUCUGUUUCAUUUGUGUAAAGGUGUUACUCACUGCCAUGGUCACGGUGUUCUUCACAGAGAUCUAAAGCCACAAAACUUGCUGGUUGACAAAAUAUCUAAUUUGUUCAUUUCUUGGUUGGUUCGAUCUUCAUCAAGACACGAAGAAGGAAGAAGGAUUCACGAAUGGAGCAGAGGAAGGACGAAGGUGGUUACAGCGGGCUCCGGUGGUGGCAUGGUCGAAUGCUCACAAUGGCAACAAUCGAUUCGGUUUGGUGGUUUAGUUGUGGUCAUUGAUCAUCAACAGAAAAUUGAUGGGUGUUUGUAG